AUGGCCUACCACCACCUCCUCGUCGUCUCGCCGCCGGCGCAGCCGCCGCCGCCGCCGCGGCGCCUCUCACUACUCUCCCGCUCGCCGCGGGGGGCCGUCACAGCCGCUGCCUCGCCCGACGCCGCCCGCUCCUCGUCGGUGGUGGCAUCGUCGGCGGCCACGCGAAGGAGGGCCGUGCUCCUGGUCGGGAUCUCCGUGCUCCCGCUCCUGCGCCUCCGUGACGCGGCGACCUCCGCAGCGCAGCCCUCAGCGGUCGAUCUCGUCACUGAUAAAAUGGACAUUCAGAUGUCUGAGGAAAUGCAGCCUGAAGAAACUAGGGCUGGACCACCUCAGCCUGAGGUGAAAAGGCCAUCUCCAGGGAAUCCACUUGCUAGUCUUCUGAAUACAAUUGCAGUUAUUGCUUCUGGGCUUCUGGCUGGGCUUCUUGGUACUACUCAACGUGAAAAGAAGGCCUUGCAGUCAGCCAUCUCAUCUAUGGAGAUCAAAUUGGCUGAAGAUGAGGCAGCGAUGUCUUUGCUUAGAGAGAACUAUGAGAAAAGGCUAUUGGACGAACAAGUGGCACAGAAGAAACAAGCUAGGAUGUUCCAGGACGAGGAAGCUUCUCUUGAUCGAUUGGCCUCAACUAAGAGAACUGUAAAAAAUUUAAAUGAGGAAGUUAUGAAGGAGAAGGAGCUAGUUGAACAGCUUAAACAUGAAAUACAUGAUCUUGAGAUUAGCAUUGCACAAGCAGAGGAAGACAAACAUGCGUUUGAAGAAAAUUUGAGGGACAAGUUGGAAACACUUGAUAUUUUACAUGGCAAGGUAAAUCUGCUUAGCCAAGAUGUAAAUGACAAGGAGGAAAACAUUACAGAACUCAGUUCAUCACUUUCAACCAAGGAAGGAGACUACCAGAGCCUGCACUUGAUGUUUAAUCAGACUAAAGAGAGCCUGGAACAUGCAAAUUCUAGAAUGGAGCAACUGGAGAAGUAUGUUUAUGCAGCUAAAAAUGAUAUAAAAUCAAAGAUAUCCUCAAUUGAUUCAUUGAAUGAGGAUGUCCAAACAUUGUGCAGUGCAAAGAGUGAUGCCGAGGAAAAAAUAAGCGAGUUAAUGAAACAGUACACGGAAUUGGAAACUGCUUCUAAGAUGAGGGCCUCUCGCGAUUCUGAACUAUUGUCCAAUAAAGAUGGUCAGCUCAAUCAACUCGAAGAACGACUUUCUACUGCAUUAAGUGACUCUAGUGAAGACAGAAGUAUAAUUGCCGAGUUAAACAGUGAAUUGGAAGCUAACAGAACAAUGCUACUCAAUGAAGUUGAGACCCGGAAAAAAAUGUCGGAUCUUGUUCAGUCCACUGAAGAUGCACUUAAAGAAUCCAGAAAUGAGUUGUUCAAACUGUCCGAAGAGCUUAAUGCAGUAAAUAUAUCAAACCAUGACUUGACAACCCAGAUUUCAGAAUUCACAAAUGAGUCUAAUGAAGUGAAACAGGCUCUGACUAAGAAAGUAGAAGAAGCGGAAUCAGUUUCUAAAGCUCUUUCAGAUGAAUUGGCCUCAGUGAAGGAGAUACAUCAAAAGACACAAGAAGAUCUUGAAGUCACCUCUAAUCAAUUGGUGUCUAUUACAGAAGUGCAUGAUGAACUUAGUAAAGAAUUGCUGGAUACAUAUAAAAAGUUAGAGUCCACAACAGAUGAGCUUGUUAGAGAACGAAGGAUUAAUGCUACUUUAAAGAGGGAGCUUGAGGCAUUGGUGAAACAAUCACAGGUGGAAUCUGAAGCUAGAAGAGCUCUUCAAGCAGACUUGGAUGAGGCCACUCUUUCACUAAACGAGGUGAAUGAGAGUACAUUAUUUCUGUCUAAUAAGCUUGAUAGCACUGUUUCCAGGAUUUCUGCUAUUAAAGAAGAGAAAGAGGUUCUUUCAGCGGCUCUUUCGGAGCAAAAGAAAAGUACAGCCGAAGCUCAGAAAAAUAUGGUGGAUGCUCAGCAUCUUAUUAAAAGGCUUGGGAUGGAGAGAGAGAAUAGUGAAAUCAGGAGUACAAAGCUUGAAGAGGAAUUGGCCACAGCAAAAGGUGAGAUGUUAUAUCUGAGGAGGCAGAUUACUGCAAGUGGGUCACAGAAUACAGAUGUUUUGGAAGCAAGCCCAACACCAAAUUUCAACCAGUCUCCGGAAGAUCAUGUUCCAAAUACCAGUAGUACUGAUGCUAGGGAGUAUUUAUCUGUAUCUUGCCAGAAUCUGGUCUUAAAUACCAGAAUAGUUGGUGUCGAUUAUCCUUGA